AUGACGGCCUCCUCUCUUUGCCUUCGCUCUUCCGGCUCGUCUUCUUCUGUUCUCUCUUCCGACUCUCCUUCCUCUGUUCUCUCUUCCGACUCGCUUUCCUCUCUGUACUGUUCCUCGCCGAAGCUUCGUUUCCCGCGCUCGGUGACACGCCAAGUCUCCCGCCUGCACGCAUCAGAUUUAUCUCCACACAACGCCACACCAAGCAACCCAUCUGUUCGAGGAAAGCAACGAAGCUGCAUUCGCCGCGCCUGUCUCGUCUCUCUUGUUUGUCUCGUUCACGCUUCCCUCUGUGUCUCGGGGGCUGGUGAGGCGGCGGUUACGACGGGAGGCCUUUGCCGGGACCAUUUUCCUAACGACCCAGUCGUGCUGAAUUACUGCCAAAAUGGAGCUACCUGGAAACUCCUGCAGAUUAUCUGCAACUGUGCAGAGCUGCAAACGACCGAGUAUCUCUAUGCCGGCCCGAGUUGCUCUAUCAAGCAAAAACUCGCAUUCGUUGCUGGGUCUUUCGGAACGAGUGUGCGGAACACGUGCUGGCUGGAGAAUCUGCUGGGCCUGAACAGCUGGAAAGAUGUGCCGUCGCGAGUCGCCUCCUUCUGCUACACGCUGCCUUGUCCCAGUCCGGAUGGCUCUAGCAUCUAA